AUGGCUUCCUCACGAAGGACAUCCAUAACCUCCCAACGCAGCUGGAAAGACCCUCUUUCUUCGCCUUCUCCCACCUCACGCGGACGCCAGCCCGUUCGGUCUCCUAGGUCCCCGAGAGAGCAGUCUCCCACGAUUGUCAGGGUUCAGCGAAAGGAUUCUGGUUACGAGUCGCAUGCUUCCUCGCCACGUACGUCGGCGACUUACAUUCGGCCCAAGCCUUUGUCACGGCGUAUGUCGGGAAUGUCCAAGUACGGCACCGCAUCAGCUCAGUCUCUGCGAGCCCGUAUGCGCCCCCCGAUCCGCCGGCCCGCCACCACUCAAACAUCCAUCUCGUACCUGCCGCGGACUGUCGAUGCCACUUUUCCAACGGUAUACUACCCGUUCCAGGCCCCUGAACUUGCCGAAGUCACGGAAACAAGCCAGGAAGCCCAGAAUGUCUUUGUGCCGCCCCAGACGACACAUUACUGGACCAGUGACCGAACCCGUCGACUGGAGUACGCCGCCAUUGAUGCUGCAGGCAAGGGUGUCAAGGGCUGGAUCCGAAAGAAUCUUCUCCCAGAUUGCUUUGCCGGCAAGAACAGGCACGUUGCCUUUGACGAUGACACCGGCAGUGUUCGUCGUUACAGGCUAGACCUGGAGGACGAACCGGAGGAGAAGUGUGUGUCUACCUGCAACACCUCUUCGUCGCGCAAGAGCCGGUUCUCCAUCCGCAUCCACCGCAAAAGCGUUGCCGUUUAGCCAUUCUCAUCUUCUGAUACCCCAUUUUGGAUCAUUUUCUUCAUCUGCAUUCCGGCGCAACACAUCAUUACAUUUACUCGGCGUUAUAUACCCGAUUGCUUUUUUAUUUUCUUUUU